AUGAAAUUGCCUGAAAUUAAGAUAGUGCCACUUGGGGCUGGACAAGAUGUCGGACGAUCUUGUAUUUUGGUUACAAUUGGAUCAAAAAAUGUGAUGCUUGACUGUGGAAUGCAUAUGGGCUACCAAGAUGAACGACGGUUCCCUGAUUUCUCAUAUAUCGGAGGAGGGGGAAAAUUAACAGAAUAUCUCGACUGCGUGAUAAUUUCUCAUUUUCACUUGGAUCAUGUAGGUUCACUACCACACAUGAGCGAAGUAGUCGGCUAUGAUGGUCCUAUUUAUAUGAGCUAUCCGACUAAAGCAAUUUGUCCAGUGCUAUUGGAAGACUAUCGUAAAGUCCAAUGUGACAUUAAAGGAGAAACAAAUUUCUUCACUUCGGAUGAUAUUAAAAAUUGUAUGAAAAAAGUGAUCGGAGUGGCACUACAUGAAAUUGUACAAGUCGACGAUGAACUCAGCAUUCGUGCGUUUUACGCUGGUCAUGUUCUAGGCGCAACAAUGUUUGAAAUUCGAUAUAAAGAUCAAUCUGUAUUAUAUACUGGAGACUAUAACAUGACACCGGAUCGUCAUCUUGGAGCUGCUAGAGUUUUGCCAGGAGUUCGCCCGACUGUCUUGAUCUCAGAAUCAACAUAUGCCACAACAAUUCGAGACUCCAAACGAGCUCGAGAACGCGAUUUUCUUCGAAAAGUUCACGAAUGUGUUAUGAAAGGAGGAAAAGUGAUUAUUCCAGUUUUUGCCCUUGGCCGUGCACAGGAGCUUUGCAUUCUUCUUGAGUCUUAUUGGGAAAGAAUGGCUCUUAAUAUUCCGAUUUUCUUUUCACAAGGAUUAGCUGAAAGAGCAAAUCAAUAUUAUCGACUCUUUAUUACUUGGACGAACGAGAAUAUCAAGAAAACGUUUGUAGAAAGAAACAUGUUCGAAUUCAAGCAUAUUCGACCAAUGGAAAAAGGUGUGGAAGAUUUGCCAGGUCCACAAGUCCUGUUUUCAACACCUGGAAUGUUGCACGGUGGACAAUCCUUGAAAGUAUUCAAAAAAUGGUGUGGAGAUCCGAGAAAUAUGAUUAUCAUGCCAGGUUAUUGCGUUGCGGGAACAGUUGGGGCACGGGUAAUUAACGGUGAAAAACGUAUUGAAAUCGAGGGUAAAUGGUUUGAUAUACGUCUUGGUGUUGAAUACAUGUCAUUCAGUGCCCACGCUGAUGCGAAAGGAAUUAUGCAGUUAAUUCGGCAAUGCCAGCCCCAACACGUAAUGUUCGUUCAUGGAGAAGCUGCGAAAAUGGAAUUCCUUAAAGGGAAAGUAGCCAAAGAAUUCAAUGUUCCUGUACAUAUGCCUGCAAAUGGUGAAACAGUAACAAUAGAAGUGUUGCCGACAAUCGAAAUGGAUAUUUCUCAAGAACAAGUAAACCGAACUAUUCGAUUAGAUCCGAAGCCGUCAAAACGAGAAUGUCCAUUCGAAGGCCAAUUCGUUUUGGACCAAACGACGAAACGCCUUGCAAUCGUUCCCGUCGUCGAAUCGGAGAAUGAGAAAAAGCAUGUGGAACGAACGACGAUUUCAUUCUCGCAGAUCAUAAAAGGGAAACGUGUUGUCGCUUGGAAAGCACUAACAGAAGCACUUCAAAAUUAUGAUCCAUAUCUCCAGAUUAAACCUGACGGAAUCGAAAUGUUCGAUGGGGAGAUGGCGGUUAUGAAAAUGAAGAACCAAGAAAAUAACGUAGAGUUCGUUUGGGACGAGAAUCGGCAGCCGUGGCACGCGCUAAUCAGCGGAAUAGUCAUCGAGAAAGUCAAGACGCAUCCUCCACCAAUUGACAAAGAUGAUCACAAAUUUUUGUUAAAGCAUUCUAAAAAACUAUAA